CUUCCUCUUCCUUCAUCCAAUACCAAUGGUUAUUUUCAUGCAACAACCAUCUCUAGCACAAAAAAUUCCAAACUUUUCUUGGUCAAGUCCAACUAACCCGUUAUACACUUAAUUAUCAUAUUCUGCUUCUCAUAUUACAAAUUAGCUAGUUUUUGUUUUUACGAUACUAAGGUCGGAGUUUGCAUAUAGCAUGUGCAUGGAGACUACUUCUAGCUCUGCAGAAAAUAACAAGUCUGUUUUUUCAAGAUUAAGGAAUAGAUUUUCACCCAAAAAGCCGAUCAUAAUCAAGGACGAUGAGGUUAUUGAUCAGACGGCCAGUACUAGUACUCUUUCUGUGAGUAUAAUCAAUACUAGUAAUGAAAAUAGUGAUCAUUUAGAGAGGGUAUUUACGUACUUUGACGAGGACGGAGAUGGAAAAGUGUCGCCAGCGGAGCUACAGCGGUGCGUGAGGGCGGUAGGAGGGGAGCUGACGGAGGAGGAGGCGGAGAUGGCGGUGAGGCUAUCGGAUUCAGACGGAGAUGGGAUGUUAGGGUUAGAGGAUUUUAGUAAAUUAAUGGAAGGAAGUGACGUCGAGGAAAAGAAUAAGGAGAGUGAGUUAAGAGGAGCUUUUGAGAUGUAUGAAAUGGAAGGAACUGGUCAAAUUACUCCUAAGAGUUUGAAGAGGAUGUUGAGUAAACUUGGUGAGUCUACCUCUGUUGAUAAUUGCAAAUCUAUGAUUCAAAGAUUUGAUCUUGAUGGUGAUGGAGUUCUUAACUUUGAUGAGUUCAAAAUUAUGAUGAACAUGGAGUUUAAAAAGAUCUAGUUUAAAGUACAAAUAUUCUCAUGCCUCAUAUAAAUACAUAACUCUUUACCUUUUACUCAAAUAAAUCUGAUUGAUGGAUUCUAUUGUUAUCAAGAUUGUUAUUCGUUACUAGAUUGUUAUUUCAAAUUGAUUGUUUUUAUGUAUUUGACACCAUUCGACAUAUAUAUUUGGAAAUAAAACAAUAUAAUUUGCAGUUGAGUAAGAAAAAAGUGAGCCAAUAUCUCUUUAUUAAUGCUGCUCGGUGGGCCGGGCCUGAACCGGACCGGACCGGGCCCGCGGUCCUAACGGGCCUGGUGGGCCUGGUGGGCCGGUCCUGGGUGGGCCGGUCUUGGUGGGCCUCUGAGCCCGUCACGGGCUGGUCUCCAUGGUUGAGCCCACGAGCCCGGGACCGUUUGGCCCGGGACCGGCAGGCGGGCCUGGGCCGGUCCUGGCGGGCCUGGCGGGCCCAAC